UGUUAUCUCUGCAUUCAUCAGAUAACAGAAAAUGUCAAACAUGAGCUUCCUGGAUUUCCAAUACAACAUCUCCAAAACUAAGUUCUUGCGGAAACCUUCUCAUCUGUUUUCCUUCAGAGACAGGCAAAGCUCUGGCUUGAAAUCUGGUUUCCAGCCAAAUGAGAAUGAGAUGAAGCAAGUGUUUGAUAAAUUUGAUGCCAACAAAGAUGGGAAGAUUUCUCAGCAGGAGUACAAGGCCGUGCUAAGAGCACUGGGAAAGGGCGCGAUGAUCGGCGAAGUGCCGAAGAUCUUCGAGGUGGCUGAUCUGGACGGAGAUGGGUUCAUUGAUUUCAGAGAGUUCAUGGAAGUGCACAGGAGAGGCGGCGGGGUGAAGACGAUGGACAUACAGAAUGCUUUUCGGACAUUCGAUUUGAACGGGGACGGGAAAAUAAGCGCCGAAGAAGUUCUUGAAAUGUUGAGGAGGCUGGGAGAGAGAUGCAGCCUGGAGGAUUGCCGGAGAAUGGUGAGAGCUGUGGACACUGAUGGGGAUGGCAUGGUUAACAUGGAUGAGUUCAUGACCAUGAUGACUCGCAACAUGAAGCGUCUUUAGACAUCUCUUGAUGGGUAGGACUUAUGAGGGGGCAUCUUUUGGUUAGACUCCUUGUAAGAUAUGCCCAUCAAUGUAAAAGUAUUUUACUUCUGUUGCUAAUCUAGUUUGCUGUAUUCCAAUGGAAAUUAAUGCGUAUGCUAAAGAC